AUGGCAUCACGCUACGAAGCUGAAGUGAAACUCUCAUCAGCUCGCAACCUCAAAAACGUGAACUGGCGCAACGGCCCUAACAGGCCAUACGGCGUCGUCUGGGUAGACUCGAAGAACAAAUUCUCAACCAAAGCCGAUGAAAACGGCGACACAGAAGCCAGUUGGGAUCAAACUCUCGUAAUCCCUUUACCACCACAACCAAUUGAAGAUCUCACUCUUUACAUCGACAUCGUCCACGCCGGCUCCGAACAAGACACCAAGCCACUCAUCGGCUCGGCUAAGCUAAAAUUAGUCGAGAUUCUCGAUGAUGCUGGGAUCGGUAAACGUGUCAGCCGAUCCCUAACACUGAAGCGACCGUCAGGAAGACCGCAUGGAAAAGUUGACGUCAAUGUAACAAUCAGAGAACCAGGCUAUCCUGCGCCGGGUUCUUACUACACUCCUCCUUAUGGUGUUCCUCCGCCUCUAGCGCCGUCGAGGGAUUAUAAUUAUAAUUCUUCUGCGGGAUACGGAGAACCUUAUGGUGCACCAGCACAGAAUUACGGUUAUUCUACUGCGGUGCCACCCGGAGGGUAUCCUUACAACGCGGGCCCUCAAACAGUUGGAUAUGGGGCACAGACGGCGUCGUAUGGACAAGGAGGUAGUUAUGGGUCUCAGAUGGCGUCGUAUGGACAAGGAGGUAGUUAUGGAUUACAAACGGCGUCGUAUGGACAAGGGAGUAAUUAUGGGUAUGGUCAAGUGGAGGAAAAGAAAAAGAGUAAGUUUGGUGGGAUGGGGGCAGGAUUGGCUGUGGGUGCAGUUGCUGGGGUUCUAGGUGGAGUUGCGCUUGUGGAAGGUGCUGAGUAUCUUGAGGAUAAGAUUGCUGAUGAUGCUGCGGAGAAAGUUGAGGAUGAUCUUGGUUAUGAUGAUGAUGAUGGUGGCUAUGAUGGGGAUGAUUUUUAG